AUGACUAAUGCUAAGAAGACUAGUCAGCCAAUUAUAAGUCAAUACAAGAUCUCUAGAGAUAAAUGCCCUAAGACAGAUAAAGAGACAGAAGAGAUGAACAAAGUACCCUACUCUAAUGUUGUUGGAUCUAUAAUGUACCUAAUGGUAAGCACUAGACCUGAGAUUGCCUAUGCUAUAAGUGUGUUAAGUAAGUAUAUGUCUAACUUGGGAAAAUUGAACUGGCUGGCUAUGAAAUGGAUAUUCAGGUACCUAAUAGGAACUACAGAUAUUGGUUUAGUGUUUAAACAGUCACAAAACCCAACUCUAGUAGAAGGAUUUUGUGACUCUGACUAUGCUGGUGAUAGGGACACUAGAAGAUCCACCUCUGCUUAUUAUUUCCUAGUUUGGGAAAACUGUAUAAGUUGGAAAGUCCAAUUACAACCAGUGGUUGCAUUGUCGACUACAAAGGCAGUAUAUGUCUCUGCAACAGAAGCUAUCAAGGAGGCUGUCUGGAUUAAAGGUGUACUAAAGGAAUUAAAAUUACUGAAGAGUAUCCCUAUAAUCUAUUCUAACAACCAAAGCAGUAUUCAUCUCUGUAAGAAUCAUGUCUUUCACGACAAAACCAAACAUGUUGAGAUAAAAUACCACUUUAUCAGAGACAAAGUGACUCAAGGAGAGGUCACAGUGGAAAAAGUUCCCACUGAGCACAAUCCUGCUGAUAUGGGAACUAAGGUAGUAACCCUAUCUAAGUUCAAGCAUUGUAUGAACUUGCUAGGAAUCAACAAAGGAGACUGA